UCUAUGGCGGAUUAAUCACCGUGAGUGGCAAGGUCUUGAACGGUGGGUGGUACAGUAAAUCAUGUGUGAAACAACCCUUGAGGAAUGACUUUCCCAAAGAUACUUACCUAGAGGUAUAAAGACGACCAGUCUUCAUCCCCAGUAGACCGUUCAAAUCCCCUUUCAUGUGUCCCGCUUCAACCCCUUUUAUCCCUUUUAGCUGACCGACCACGCAACAUAAAGCAUGAGGUGGUUUACAUCAUCAAUCCUAGCCCUAGCCCUGGCAUCAGCCACUCAUUCACUUGCUUCUUCCAACGACCCCAACGACUGCUCAACUACCACUAAGGAAAAAAGUGGAUCAGACUUCAAACUCACCGAGCAAGCAGACAACGUCAACGUCACCUCUCUCUCCGAUAUCUUUUCCGCGGCCGGCAAAAAAGUUGUUUCGGUCGCCGACGUCUUCAACGAUGGCAACCACCAGAUGACCACUGACUCGUACGGGCGCAAGCUAUGGCAACACACCUCAGACUUCAACGACGAGAACACGACCAAGUGGGUGCCGCAAGGAAUUACCUCGACGGCCGAUGCGCUUGACGCGGGCACCUACGAGGGCAUCAACGGCUGGAUCGUGAGCUGGCACCGUGAUGAUGAUAAGAGCGUCCGCGUCACGUUUGUAAAUCGCGCCCAGGAUACCUACCGCCAUGCACUGCUCGUGUAUCCGCAUGCGUCCGACGACUUUAGGGAGGUGCCGGUGCAUGCAGGCGGAAUCAUGUGGUAUGGAAAUACCUUGUGGGUCUUGGAUACGUAUAAUGGUAUCAGGGUGUUUGACUUGACCAACAUCUGGCAAGUUGGAUCUGGCGAUGAUGUUGGCAAGGUAUCCAGCGGUGUUUACUCGGCUGCUGGUUACAAAUAUGUGAUUCCUCAGAUUAGAUGGUACAAGUGGUCCUCCUCCUUCAAGUUCCGCCACUCCUACAUGGCCCUGGACCGCACCACCACCCCCGACAGUCUCAUCGUCGGCGAGUACCAAACCUCGACCUCGGACCCCAUCCGGCUGGUCCGGUACGAGCUCGACUACACCACCCGCCGGCUCAAGACCGACAGCAGCGGCGUUUCCAAGGCCGCCUGGGCCUACUGCGUCAAUAUUGAGCGCAUGCAGGGCGCCGUGUCGGCAAACGGCAAGUUCUACCUCUCACGAAGCAACGGAGAAUCCAAAGGUGAUCUCUGGGCCUGGGUUCCCGGCGGCGCGGCCAAAAAGAAUGCCGGCUUCUACCCCAGAAGUCCCGAAGAUCUGAGCUACGACAAGAGGAAUGGUGGGCGUCUGUAUACCGUGACGGAGGCCGAGGGUGUGAGGUAUAUCAUCAAUUCGCCUGUUAGCAGUAUCAGCUUUUAGUUGGGUCCACGAGCAUCCGAGGACAGUCAGAGUUCGAUGAGGAGAUGGGUGUGGGGUGUCGGCUGGCGGUCGCGUUAAGAAAACGAGUCAGAAUGUUUCGUCAGUCAGAUGGAGGGACCCCAGUGAUCCCCUGCACUCAACCGAGCCAUGAUUAAUCCAUACCUCUAUAUCCGUCUUCCCAUCAUUGCUCAUUGCUCAUGGUGUGCGUUUAAGACAGGUCAUCAUCUUCCAUCGUCAUGUCUUCUUUGCUUGCCUAUUAAAGUCACAUAUGUUAAGCGCAUCAUCCCUCCUUACCCACAUCCCUCAACUCGACCUCACCAUACAUCCCCUGCCGUAGCAUAACCCUCAUCCCCAUCGCAGCUUCAUUCCUCAACCCCACCCUUUCUGCCUGACAAAUCUUUGCCUUGCUCUCCUGAUCAAGUCCAUGAGCUAUCGC